AUGGCCAACUCCACCAUGGUGACCGAGUUUCUCCUCAUGGGCUUUGCUGAAGGCUGGAAACUAAGGUUCCUCUACUCCAUGUUAUUCUUACUCAUGUUCCUGGCCACCCUCUUAGGGAACCUGCUCAUCGUCACCGUCACCACGGCUGACCAGAACCUGCACACGCCCAUGUACUUCUUCCUCAGGAACCUGUCCAUCUUGGACAUGUGCUACAUUUCUGUCACUGUCCCCAAUGCCUGUGUCAACUCCCUCACGGGCAACAGGGCCAUUUCAGUGGCUGGCUGUGCAGCCCAGAUCUUCUUGGUCAUUUACUGUGCCUUUGUGGAGGUCCUGUUUCUCUCCAUCAUGGCCUGGGACCGCUAUGUGGCCAUCUGCCAGCCCCUCCAUUAUUCGACUAUCAUAAAUGUCCGAUUCUGUGUCCGCAUGACGGUGGUGUCUCUGCUCAGUGGCCUGGUCUAUGCGGGUGCGCACACUGGCAAUACAUUCGUGCUGAACUUCUGCGGCUCCAACACGCUCCCCCAGUUCUUCUGUGACAUCCCCUCCCUGCUGAGGCUCUCCUGCUCCGACACGUCCAGCAACCAGCUCUCCAUUCUCGUCUCUGCUGUGUUCGUUUGCGGCGGCAGCUUUGUCUUCAUCGCCAUGUCGUAUGUGCGCAUAUUUUCAGCUGUGUUCAAGUUCCCCGCCCAAGAGCAGGGGAAGGCCUUCUCCACCUGCGUGCCUCACGUCCUGGUGGUGUCCAUCUUCCUCAGUUCCAUGGCCUGUGUGUACCUACGGCCGGCGGCGGACACAGUGACAAUCCAGGACAUGAUGCUUUCUGUAUUUUACACCAUGGUUCCUCCCUUCUUGAAUCCCGUCCUCUACAGUCUCAGGAACAAACAGGUAAAGGAAGCUGUGAGGAGAGUCAUACUGAGAAAGGUUCACUCAGGAGCACGGUGA